AUGACGGAUUCCCGUGCGCCGCUUGGGAAAGGAUGCCGGCUGGCUGAGAAAGUGGUGCCGGGCACGAGAAUGAUGGAUUUGAAGCACGCAUCAGGAAUCGCCCUCUCAUCAGUAUCGACAAUUAAACCAUCUACUGCAGCGAUGAAAGGAAAGGGACUCAAACUCUGGAUCGUAAGUGCUCAUACACCUAGGGAGAUCGCAGAGGACCACAACAAGGACACGUUCUAUGAUGAACACAAUACGUUGAUAUCCAAAAUACCAUGCCAGCAAGCGGUUAUUGUCGGAAUUGAUGCGAAUGCAAAUAUAAGACUUGAACAACAAUCCGAUGUGCUUAGAAAAUACUUUUAUCCCAUGGAACAGGCAUCGAACAACGGAAUACGUCUAAUUGACCUUUGCGAGCAGACGAAUCUCAUCAUUACAUCCACGCUUAAGAGGAAUCAUCUACGCCGUCAGCUUACCUGGCAAGGGGCAACUCCAUUAACGCCAGAAGAGCAGCGAAAGCGGAAGAUGCCGAAUCUUAAGCUUCAAUUCGAUUACGUUCUGGCGAGGAACAUUCUUCACUCAGAUAUCCGAAAAUCGAGAGCUGUUUGGGACGUCGCGUUCUACUCUGACAACCGCCCAGUUCUCAGCUUUAUAGUACGGCUCUAG